UCUGUACUUGUACGGAGGUAGAGCCCGCUUAGUUUUGUGGUUUGCUGCCUUGACGUAUACUGUCACAGUUAUACCCCUCCAACAAAGCAAUUGGACGUCCUCAAACUGCGGAUAGCGCGCUGCGGUCAUCCUGGUCGAUUCAAACCCUGAAUUGCAUCCUACUGGACUUGUAUUUUGAUUCUUUGAUUCACCCCGCAUAUUAUCUUUCGACUUGUUUCGCGUCACUACUGAGGCGCUUCCCCUCCUUUUGUCCCCACACGCCGCCGCCCCCAACUUCUCGCCGGUCUUUAAAAUAGUCGACAUCAGCUUGAAUCCCCUGCACAAUCUAUCUACUGCUUGGCAAGGGAGCUCCGGAGUAGGAUCAGCUGUGCGACUGCAUUGCUGUGAACCGUUGGUGCAAUGGGUGGACCACCUGCGGUUGUCAUUGUUGUCAGGCAUGGAGCGCGAUUAGAUGCUGCCGACCGACAAUGGCACUUUACUUCCCCUACACCGUACGACUCCCCCCUGACAUACGGAGGUUGGACUCAGUCAAGGGCUUUAGGUGCUAGAAUAGCCAGUCUUCUGCAUGCGCGAGAGAGAUCUGGUGCUACCUCUAGAAAGGGUAGUGUGGAUAGCCUUGCGUCAGAGAUAAAUCAGACAAACAUCGAUGCCUCGUCACCGGGCGGUCAGCAGAGCCAAUCUCCGAGCCCCUCGCAAGGCGCUCGCCGAAAGCACAAGGUCUACAUCCAUACAUCUCCCUUUUCCCGGUGUGUACAGACCUCCAUCGCAAUUAGUGCUGGCAUGGCCCAAUACCAUGGCGCCCACCAUCCUGCAAAUCGAAGGCCUGCACGCAUGCAUUCUCGAUCGCCUGCACGUGGCGGCGAUUCAGCACGCUCCUCAAGCUUGGAAGCUAUUCCCGAACCUCACGAUUCCCCAACUCGUCAUGUGCUGCAGAAGGCGCAUCAUCGCAAACAUCUCAAAAGGCCAGUCCUACGUGUCGACGCAUUUUUGGGCGAAUGGCUCUCGCCAGACUACUUUGAGGAGAUUACGCCACCACCAGCCUCGUUGAUGAUGGUUGCUGGAGCAAAGGCAGACCUCCUUCGCCGCGGCGACUAUAUGGAUUCCGCACAGGACGGUUCUGACAAGCGCCCCAGUCAAGGACACUUCCCAGGAGGUUGGAGCGGUAAAAGCUCAGCUGCUCAGCCUAACGCGGCCACUAGGGACGACUUAUCCCCGUCGCCUGCCUCUGAGCUUCAGGAUGCUCUCUCGCGCAGGGAUAGGGCGAGCAGUAUUACUAGUAUUAGCAGUGCAAGCAAUGGCAGAGCCGGAGGAAGAGCUGUCAACAAAAUCGCGUCACCCGCUCCGGCAGAUAUGGGGUAUACUCCGCCUACGCCUACCUGGGCAAUUUCGACUUCGGAUCCGAUCCCACGUGGUUACGUUGCACAUGCACGGGAUCAUUGCGUAGAUGUUGAUUAUCAAUGGGACAGCAUGCGUGAGCCACUCGAAUGGGGAGAUGGCGGUGAAUAUGGCGAAGAAUGGAGCUCCAUGCAUAAACGUUUUCGAAACGGCCUCCAAAGGAUGGUUUUAUGGUAUACUAAUCAGGAUCAGAGUGGCCUCAAGAGUCCGGACACCCCGGACAACGGUGACGAUGAUGAGGAUACUGUCUUGAUUUUAGUCACUCACGGCGCUGGCUGCAACGCACUCAUCGGCGCGUUGACAAAUCAGCCUGUGCUCUUAGAUGUGGGUAUGGCAUCCCUCUCUAUGGCGGUACGAAAGGAUACUAUGACUCCGCGGCCCGGAUCGCCAGCCGAUGCAGAGAAAUCCAUGUCCGAGGCGAUCAUGAACCGACGCAGAUCUUCUAUUGACGCUGGCUUGUCAGAGACGUAUGAUAUCAAGCUUGUCGCAUCGACUGAACAUCUCAGACCAGGGUCAAACCCUCUUGUCACUAUCCAGCAAGGUUCUCCAAAACUCCACGCACAAGUAUCGCACCAUCGACAGCGGGUAGGUUCCCUUGCCUCGGGCACGACCCAGGCCGACAGAGCAUUUGCCCUGGCCGAAGUAAAUGCGGCAUCGGGGGGCGUUCGACGAAGCUCUAGCUCUGCUUCCACAUUUGCGCGAUCUCACGCUUUGGGUUCACGGAGCAAUUCGGUGGGAGGCCUGUGGUCAAAGCCACAGAUACUCCAGGAAACACAGGAGACUCUGAGCAGGCCUCGGGCUGCAACAACCGCCGAUGAGCUCGACACAGAAGACGAGUACGCAUUGUCAAUCAGUGGCGAAUUACGGCGACCAAGUCAAGCUGGGCUUUGGGGUUCUUCUCCUUCGCCGGUGAAGACUGAACGCGACAAGGGGCCGAAGAGACGGUGGACAAUUGAUGAAUCUCGCGACACCUGAUGCCUAGACUCUGUCAUGAAUAGCAUGAGAGGCGUUGCGGAAGGAAAUCCUUUGUGGAAUUCCGUUAUGAAUACUUUGCUUUGUAUAAAAUAUUUAUGAAAACAUGACAUGUAUCCGCUCGAGAGGGAGGGUGGAUUGUGGUUUCAAUGGUAUAUCUGGAUUUCUACAGAGAUAUCAGAGAGCCAGGUUGGACCCUCUGCCUCGAAGUUGCACUACUCUACUCACUAAUGAUGACUGGGAUUGGAUAUAUCUUUACGGGUUUCCAAAUUAAGGCACGAUGUCACAUUGUAUGAUAAUAAUAUAAUCAUUCCCC